GCAGCCCGGCUCGGCUCGGCUCGGCUCCCGCGUCGCCGCCGCCGCCGCCGCGAAGCCCCCCGCCCCCCCUUCCGCCGCGUCGGGAUGAGCUCCCGGAAAGUGCUGGCCAUUCAGGCCCGAAAGCGGAGGCCGAAAAGAGAGAAACAUCCGAAAAAGCCGGAGCCUCAGCAGAAAGCUCCCUUAGUUCCGCCACCGCCGCCUCCACCACCGCCACCGCCUCUGCCAGACCCCACGCCCCCGAGCCAGGAGGAGAUCCUGGGAUCAGAUGAUGAAGAGCAGGAGGACCCCGCCGACUACUGCAAAGGUGGCUACCAUCCGGUGAAAAUUGGAGACCUCUUCAAUGGCCGCUACCAUGUCAUUAGGAAGCUAGGAUGGGGACACUUCUCAACUGUCUGGCUGUGCUGGGAUAUGCAGGGGAAAAGAUUUGUUGCAAUGAAAGUUGUAAAAAGUGCCCAGCAUUAUACAGAGACAGCCUUGGAUGAAAUAAAAUUGCUCAAAUGUGUUCGAGAAAGUGAUCCCACUGACCCAAAUAAAGACAUGGUAGUACAGUUAAUUGAUGACUUCAAGAUUUCAGGCAUGAAUGGAAUACAUGUCUGCAUGGUCUUCGAAGUGCUUGGCCACCAUCUCCUCAAGUGGAUCAUCAAGUCCAACUACCAAGGCCUCCCAGUACGUUGUGUGAAGAGUAUCAUUCGACAGGCAUUGAGAGGGUUAGAUUAUCUACACAGUAAGUGCAAGAUCAUUCAUACGGACAUAAAGCCGGAGAAUAUCCUGAUGUGUGUGGAUGAUGCAUAUGUGCGAAGAAUGGCAGCUGAGGCCACCGAGUGGCAGAAAGCAGGUGCUCCUCCUCCUUCGGGUCUGCAGGUGAGUACGGCUCCACAGCAAAAACCUAUAGGAAAAAUAUCUAAGAACAAAAAGAAAAAACUGAAAAAGAAGCAGAAAAGGCAGGCUGAGUUGCUGGAAAAGCGCCUGCAGGAAAUAGAAGAAUUGGAGCGAGAAGCGGAAAGGAAAAUCAUAGAAGAAAACAUCUCAUCCGCUGUACCUUCCAAUGAACAAGACGAGGAGUACCGCCCAGAGGGGAAGCUCAAAACUGCUGGCUUAGAGGACGCAGCUGAGGGCGAGCCUGCGAAUGACAAGGGUGAGGCUGAGGACCAGGAAGAGAAAGAAGACACUGAGAAAGAAAACACUGAGAAAGAUGGAGAUGAUGUGGAACCAGAACUGACGAGCACAGACCCUGCGUGGAUAGAGUCCCCCAGAACCAACGGCCAUAUUGAGAAUGGCCCGUUCUUACUGGAGCAGCAGCUGGAUGAUGAAGAUGACGAUGAAGAAGAUUGUCCCAAUCCUGAGGAAUAUAACCUUGAUGAGCCAAAUGCAGAAAGUGAUUACACAUAUAGCAGCUCCUAUGAACAAUUCAAUGGUGAAUUGCCAAAUGGACGACAUAAAAUUCCCGAGUCACAGUUUCCAGAGUUUUCCACAUCCUUGUUCUCUGGGCCCCUAGAACCUGUGGCUUGUGGUUCUGCACUUUCCGAGGGAUCCCCGCUUACCGAGCCUGAGGAAAGCAGUCCAUCCCAUGACAGAAGCCGGACGGUUUCAGCCUCCAGCACUGGAGAUUUGCCAAAAACAAAAACCCGGGCGGCCGACUUGUUGGUGAACCCCCUGGAUCCACGGAACGCAGAUAAAAUUAGAGUUAAAAUUGCCGACCUGGGAAAUGCUUGUUGGGUGCAUAAACACUUCACAGAAGACAUCCAGACGCGUCAGUAUAGAUCCAUAGAGGUUUUAAUAGGGGCAGGUUACAGCACACCUGCUGACAUUUGGAGCACAGCAUGCAUGGCAUUUGAGCUGGCAACGGGAGAUUAUUUGUUUGAACCGCAUUCUGGGGAAGACUAUUCCAGGGAUGAAGACCACAUAGCCCACAUCAUAGAGCUGCUAGGCAGUAUCCCAAGGCACUUUGCUCUAUCUGGAAAAUAUUCUCGGGAAUUCUUCAAUCGCAGAGAUCACAUAGCAUUGAUCAUUGAACUGCUGGGGAAAGUCCCUCGAAAAUACGCUAUGUUGGGAAAAUAUUCCAAGGAGUUUUUCACCAGAAAAGGAGAACUGCGGCAUAUCACCAAGCUGAAGCCCUGGAGCCUCUUUGAUGUCCUUGUGGAAAAGUAUGGCUGGCCCCACGAAGAUGCUGCACAGUUUACAGAUUUCCUGAUCCCAAUGUUAGAAAUGGUUCCAGAAAAACGAGCCUCGGCUGGCGAAUGCCUUCGGCAUCCUUGGUUGAAUUCUUAGCAGAUCCUACCAGUAGAGCAUUCUGAGCUAGCAAAUGUUUUCCAGUACAUUGGACCUAAACGGUGACUCUCAUUCUCUAACGGGAUUACAAGCGAGCUGGCUUCAUCCUCAGACCUUUAUUUUGCUUUGAGGUACUGUUGUUUGACAUUCUGCUUUUUGUGCACUGUGAUCCUGGGGAAAGGUAGUCUUUGUCUUCAGCUUAGUAGUUUACUGACCCACUUUCUUCUGGAAACAAUAACAUGUCUCUAAGCAUUGUUUCUCGUGUGACAUUCAAAUGUCAGUCUUUUUUUUUGAGCGAAAAAUACUUUCCCCCUUGUGUUUUGGCAGGUUUUGUAACUAUUUAUGAAGAAAUAUUUUAGCUGAGUACUAUAUAAUUUACAAUCUUAAGAAAUUAUCAAGUUGGAACCAAGAAAUAGCAAGGAAAUGUACAAUUUUAUCUUCUGGCAAAGGGACAUCAUUCCUGUAUUAUAGUGUAUGUAAAUGCACCCUGUAAAUGUUAAUUUCCAUUAAAUAUGGGAUGGGGACUCAAAUUUCAGAAAAGCUACCAAGUCUUGAGUGCUUUGUAGCCUGAGUUGCAUGUAGCGGACUUGAACUGCUCCCAGGAGCUAUGCAGACUUUUCAUUCCAUAACAGCCCUUUUACAUUGGAUUUUAAACAAAGUGGCUCUGAGUUAUGUCAUUCCCUAUAUGGCACUUUAAAGCAAGAAAAGACAUGCUUUCAUUCGAAAAUACGUACUAUAGUUUUAGCACUCUCAUUCAUAUUUUUGCGUAUUUUUAAAAGUACUUUUAAGGAAAAAGAGCAAUUUCCCUUUAAAAAUGUGAUGGCCCGGUACCAUGUGGUGUUGCCUCCUCCAAACACUGUAAGUUAAACUCUACGUAGAUUAAAUCGGACAACAAAAACCAUGUGCAGUGUGUGGAAUUUGAAAUAUAUAUAUAUAUAUAUAUAUAUACACACACACACACACAUACACACGUAUGUAUAUACAUACGUAUACACACACACACACAUAUACGUAUGUAUAUAUAUAUAGUUUUUCUUUUUUGGAAAAGCUUACUUGUGUUUCUCCAAAACCAAGGUGUGGUAUGUACAGUUAGCGGUGCAGUGGGCACGACCCUAACAUCUCAGAGGUAACAGGGAUCAUGUUCAUUCCAUAGGCAGUUAUAUGCGUGGCUAUAACAAUUUUCUGAGCUUUUUCAUUGUCUUCCCAUGUAUUGAAGUUGAGAAAAUGAUUUUCCCUUUGCAGGUUGCACACAAUUUUGUUUAUGCAUUUCCUUAAAGUUUUAGAAUCCAGGACACAAACCAUAGUAGGCAAUACGAUUUUAGAAUGUAAUCUACAGAGGUGUAUUUAGCCUCUUUUAGAAGUCAGUGGGUUGAAUGUCAGGUUUUUUAAAAAUUUUACAUUCAUUAAGGUGCCUCGUUUUUCUUGACUUUGUCCAUUAACAUUUAUCCAUAUGCCUUUGCAAUAACUAGAUUGUGAAAAGAUAACAAGUGUUGUAAUAAUAAUCCAUUGUUUGAGGUGCUUGCGGUUGUCUUAAAAAUUAAAGUGUUUUGGUUUUUUUUUUUCCAGACAUUGCCUUGGUCAUUGGCCUAUAUUUGAAGUGAUAGAAUCAACAAACAUGUGCUCUCCUUUUAGUGCAGUGUGACCCAAACUAAAGGAAGUAUCAACAUUCCUAUUGCAGGAAAUGUAGUCGCACAACAUGCAUUAAGGCUUACUUAGUACACGGAAAUCGUUCAUUGUGUUGUAAGAGUAGAAUAUGGCUUUCGAAGAGCUGCUGUAGUACAGAUUCACUGCCUAGAAUUUCAGUGAUUCCUCUUCGUGUUCCAUGAAAUCCAUACUAAUGACAUAGUGUUUGAGCAUUGCAGAUUUUCUUCUCUCUUUUUACUAGUUUUCACUGUGAGGGAACAAGACACAGUCCUUUAGGAGUUAGCAUGGUAAUCACAUACCGCUGUGAGGUGCAACAGAACCACUUACGAAACGUGCAUGCUGAGGUUUUCCGAGGAGGCUGUAGGUUACCACGUAGGUUCUACGACGGAUGGUUGCUGCAGACACAGUUUCCGUAGGAUCCGUUCUUACAAGAACCACAAAGUAUAUGUCUUCAUCUUCCCCUAACUGAAGAAUUUGUAUCAGGGUUAUAGCACACUUGAAUGAAAUGUGUCUAAUGCAAUUGCAGCUCAUGUUAGAAAAUAAACUAGAUUGUUAUGAAUUUUGUAAAGACCUGUCCCUAAUAAGAGCCUAACUGGUGUACAAUGUUAAAAAAAAAAAAAUGUUCUAGAAGGAAUAUAUGUUUGUAUUAGGUAUAGUAUGUUUUUUUUGGCGGGAACCUGGUGGCUUGAGUUUAAAGAAUACAUACAAGCCGAGCGAGAAGCGCUGGUUAUACGGAACACUGCAGCCGGCUGGGACGUUCUAGUGAACGUCCUGCUUUUUCCCUCUGGUCCACAUCAGGCCUUCAUGGAGAAGGACAAGCAGUGGACCACAUACAUGAUGAUAGCAAAUGAGAGGCUGUCUGGCUGGAAAUUAGAACUGCCCAAAGGCUUAAAAAAAAAAAAACAACAGAUACAGGAGCUUCAGAAAAGCCUAGACUUUUUAGGUGAAAAGCAAUUUACUGACUGACUUCUUCCUGUGCCUGGAUCAUACGUAACAGUUAACAGGAGAAACCACUGUCCUUGGGCAGAUAACUUCAGUUUGUAUCCACAGCUGGGAUUAUUCCUUAAAUUCUGCUUUUAAAUUGUCCAUUUUUUUUUUUUUAUGACUUCAAUGAAAUUUUGGUAGAGGACAGCAUUUGGGAGUCCGUGUGUCCUUCAUCGAGGAGUCAAGGAAUUAUGCAAGAUCCUGCAGUUCAUAGAAAAGUUUCUCUAUACAUGAUUUGUGUAGUAGGCCAAUUUAUAACUGAGGAAUCCUAAAUCCUUAGGAGGACAGUCCUUUAAAGAGUUUGAAUAAUGCUGUUCGCUAUGCUAAUAGUUAACCUUUGUUCUUGGAAACCGUUGGGCUGGGUGAUGUAGAGCCAUGUUUUUGUUGGACAAGUGUUUUUUUAGUGAAUACGGGAAGUACAAUUUUGUUUGCUAAACUCAAGGAGGGCAAAGUUGACCUAAGUUCUUUUAAAACUUGAAGCUGAUUAGAAUUGAGCCCUAAACAUGGCUGUGUGCCCUUAUUAGCUGAUUUUCAAAAAGAAAUGGGAGUUAAAAGUGUGCAAUGUGACUUUCAUUACUGCCAGAUAUUAUCCAGUCAUUUUUAGUCUGUUCACUUGUUUCUCCAGCACACGGAAUUUUUGUGCUGUGCCAAAUUAGGCCAACUAGGGAAAACUGGAAAAAUGCGUUCGUGUCAUUACUAACUAAUGCUCCUCAGAGGCAGAAAACAAUUUAUUUUUCCAAAAUAACUAGCAUUUCCUAUUUCAGCAAAAUGUUCAUUAGGCUGUUUUCAUUUCACUUGAGAAGUCUAAGGGUAACGCCUUCUUCCUUUUCCUUUUGUACACCCAAAACAAACUUUUAAAAACUCGUAUUUUUUUUUCCCCUGAAUACUAUAGAGCUAGAUAAUAAAUGUUAAUUUAAGGUUUAGAGAUAAUUUUGAUUAAUCAGGACAUUGCAGUCACGCAUGUUCUAAAGUGUACAAGUUAGAUAUUUGUGUUUUUUAGGUCAACUACUCCAUAUUUUACAGGCUCUAACUGUAUCACGUGUGAUGCUUUAAUGAUACGGGCUCACAUUGUACGAUGUCAGAUAGAAGUAAAUGUGCACAGCAUCUCCACAGCAGAGUAGAUUCCUGUGAGUUGGCUCCUGCAACAGUGACAAGUAGGGACAUCAUAGGAACAACCCCUUACUGCUUCCUGAUGACUGCUGAGGUGGUGGUCGCUAAAGAAAAUGGAAGGCUCCUUACAAACUACAUCUGAAAAACUGUAACUUUUUGUAAAAGACCCUUGUUUGAACAGACUCCAAUCUCAGAAGCUGUACAGGACAAUCUGGUAAAACUGACAUAAUUGUGAUUUAUUAACAUGAAUUAAAAUGCCCAACCAGUGCUUCAAUGUGACAGUAUAUUUAAAAUAAAAAAGAAAUUAAAGGCCAUAUACUGUACUACUCUCACAAAGAUCACACAGUUUUGCAAAGACCUGUCAUAUGUACAAUGCUAUAUAUCCAAUGAGAAAAGCUGUAAGCAGUUAUAUACGCAAAGGAAAUGCAGUAUUUACAGUGUGUCGGGAGACGUUAAAAAUCAUCUAUACAUUAAAUUACAUUUUGCUCGCAAAUAACCGAUAAAACAAAA